UGCUAUAAUAUUAACUCGUAUCGUAGAAUGAGUCAAAAACUACUUUACAGUCAGAGGUUUAACGGUCAUUCUGUUCAUGGAUCACUUUUAUUCCGCAGGCUGGAAGUCGAAAAUGUUUAGAGUUUUUAUUCAACUUAUUUCCGUCAGAGACCCCUAAGUGGAAUAUGGACUUUACUGAGAAGGCGCGACUGACCCUUUUGUUCGUCUUCGCGCAACUCAACUUACAUGAUGGAUUUAAAUAUAGUUGAAGUUUCUUAGAAAGAACGGAAAAAAAAAAAAACUUUACAAUUUGGGAGUAGAAAGCAAUUUUGUCCGCCUUUACCGAUAAGAAGGCAGGGUAAAUGCUCCUUGACCAAUAUCGAAAGUGGGGUAGUCCCCUAACCUGAUAUCCACGUCGAAGGAGAAAUUUGACUCUUGGAGGCUAGGAUUCCAGUUCUGUUAAAAGCUGGUACACAACUACUUUCAUUCAAACAGUUUACUACGCAUUUGUUGAGAGAGCAGCGCAACAAUCGACUGUGAGACGAUUUGUAAAACGUUCGCUGGAGGGCUUGAACAAAGAGCCCCUAAAGCAGAAUAUGGACUUCUCUGAGACCCAGGAACAAGAGGAAAAUCAUUUUGUCCAAGAUGAGGAUGAAAUCGAUAUAAAAUGUUUGCUGAAAGAAGGAAAACCGACAGAAGGAGACAUUGACUGGAUAGUCAGAGAAAUAAAUAGCAAUCCUGAUGAAAAGAAGAAGUUAUUUGAGUUAUUGAGAGUAAACGAUGAUGAUCCAGGAUACAAUAGUGGGGACUCCAUAGACAACGCUAAAGAUUUCACUGAUGGAAUGACCAUACCCAGGCAUCUACUGAAGAACCAAACUUAUGAAGAACUGGCUGCACUGUUGGGCGAAUCACCCCUGAACAGGCGAGAUCUGGCGGUUAAAACUUGCUGCAUACAGAAAGAUCUGCUUCCCACCUACAUUUUGGCAAGAGGCAACCAAGCCGUAACAGCUUACCGAGGAGCUUUGACAUCAGGUGAAACACUUGACAACCGAGUCAAGGUAAUAUUGAUUGGUGAAGGUCAAGUUGGAAAAACAAGUGUUGCAAAAGCACUGAGAGGCGAAAAGUUUGAAGAGAACGAGCGCAGUGUGAAUGGCAUACUUAUGAGCGAGGUUAUCAAAAAUGCUACUCAUGAUAAACCCUGGGGGAACUCAGCCACUCGUGAAAACGCUCGACCAGUGUCCUCUCAAACUAAUGGAAUCAACGCAAUUGAGGGUAUCUCACUGGAAGAUGAGGUCGAUGGCGCUCGAAGUAAUUCCCCUGAAAUAGAACUAGUAGUAUGGGAAUUAUCUGGCCAAGGUGCCUAUCGUGCCAUACAUCCUAUGUUCAUGACCCCAGACGCAGUGUACGUCCUGGUGUUUGAUUUGUCAAAAGGACUGUUUGACCAGGCAACGGCAAAAGACAACGAGAACGGGUCAGCAACGAAUUCAGAGAACGAAGAUUCCAAUCUUGACUGUAUUAUGAGGUGGAUGGACAUAUUGAAUUCCAUGAGAUAUUCUGCAGCUGAUGAAAUUCUUCCUCCUGUCUUACUUGUGGGUACUCAUGCGGACUGUGUUAAUGGAAACCCCAGGAGUAUCAUGGAUGCACUUUUGGACAGAUUCCGCAAAAUUGAGCUGGGCGAUCAGAUCAAAGGAAACUUCGUCUUGGACAACACACUUAAUGUACCUGGCCAAGAAGACCCACAAGUUGCCAAAUUGCGUCGGCGAAUAUUAGAUGAAGCCAACAAGCUGCCGCAUGCUAUGAAGAAGAUUCCCUUAAAAUGGUUUGACAUAGAAAGAAAGAUCCAAGAAGAAGCAAAGAAGGGAAUUAAGUACUACACUACCAAAGAGGUCCUCACGAAGAAAGUUUGCCAAACUCAAGAUUUGAAUGAAAUUGACCAGAUCUUGCUCUUCCUUUGCGAUCGUCGGUCGAUAAUCUAUCACGAGAAUGCUUCUAAACAAGAUGGCUUGGUGGUACUGGAUCCACAGUGGCUCGUAGGUAGACUGUGCAAGCUAUUAAGUUUGCCACCGGAAGAAGAGGAUAAGAUAGAAUUUCGAAACUUACGGAAGGAGCUUCGAGAGACAGGAAUCCUACACCAAAAACUUUUACAUCGCACCUGUACAGAAUGGGAAGUAAAAGAUAUUGAGGAAGCAUUGGUUUCUCUCAUGAAACAUUACAAUCUUCUUUUCCACUGUCCAAGGAAGGAAAAGAACCCCAUUUACCUCGUUCCAUGCAUGAUUAAAAGAGCGACGGGAGAAAAUGAAGUCAUCCCGAGUAAGAAUGGCUCUUCAACGUCACCACCGAUUUAUCUAAUCUUUGGAACCAAGUUCGUACCGAUUGGCUUGUUCUCCAGAUUGGCUAUGCUUAUCGGAGCAUGGGCUGCGAAGAAAAGUUCCUUUGAGCAGCUGCAAAUAAACGCCGACACAGCAUGCUUCAUCUUAGAUGGCGUGAACUUCUUGGAGUUGAAGUGCUUCAAAAGUGUCAUACAGGUGCAAGUUUGGUCUGAAGACAGUACAAGACAAUACAGUGAUCCAGGACUUUACUCAGAGAUUUAUUGUUGUUUGGAAAGGAGUUUGAAAGCGGUGUGUGCAACUUGUCACUGGUUACAUUCUGUUUCCUGGGAUCUCAGUGUGCAAUGCAGACUUUGCGCAGGAAUGGUCAACUUAAAGACCCGAAAAUGUAUCUGGCACGACAAGAGAAAUUGUCAUCACGAAGACUGCGCCCACUAUAUUCCCUUGAAAAGGCACAUUGCCUUGUUUUGCCAACAGGCCAUGAAGCGUCUCCCUGAGGAAAAAUUUGAGAGAUGGGUCCAGGCUUCGGGGAAAAAUAACAGUCAGGAGGAAACAGGAAAAGAGAAUAUAGCCUCAACCAAUGAAAUUACUGUUCUGCUGUUAGCUGAGGAGUGGGGCUCCGGCAAAGGCGGCCUCUCAACAAUCAAUAGGCAACUGGCAAUCGAGCUUGCAAGAUACUCCAAUCUGAGAAUCUACUUCUACGUUAUCAAAUCCAACGAAGAAGAUAAGCAAAUGGCCAAGAGUAGUAACAUCAACAUUAUAAAAGCCAAGAAACGACCUGGUUAUAAUAAUGGUUUUGAGCGGCUAUCGUUCCCUCCGGAGGAAUUGCCACUGAUUGACGUGGUUGUUGGGCAUGGAGUGAAGCUGGGAAAGCAGGCACAGCUGAUUAAAGUGAAACAUCCAAGAUGUGUCUGGGUUCAGUUUGAGCAUACCGCUCCGGAGGAACUUGGCACCUACAAGAAUUAUGAAGGCAAAAUCGCAAGAGGAGAAAGUAAGCACCGCGAUGAGGUAGAUCUCGCCAAACGCGCUGAUGUUGUGGCUGCAAUUGGUCCCAAACUAACAGAGUAUUACAAGACCUCACUGCGUCCUGAUAAAGGCGGACCGGAGAAGGUUUUCGAAAUGAUACCGGAUCCAAGUAUGUUCCAUGAAUUUCGCCCCUGCAAGCAGGUCAAGGAAGACAGAGAAAACUUCAACGUUUUGAUAUUUGGUCGUGGUGACUCGGAAGAUUUCAAGCUUAAAGGAUUUGACAUAGCCGCAAGAGCAGUUGCAGAACUUAACGAUGAGAAGUACCACCUCUAUGCUGUUGGCGCACCACAUGGACAACAGGAAGAUGUUGAAAAGAAGUUACUUCAGUGUGACAUCUCUCGUCGUCAGUUGACAGUUCGUGGUUUUAUCGAAUGUAGAGAUGAAGUCGCUCAGUUGCUGUGCGAGGUGGAUCUUGCCAUCAUGCCGUCAAGAACAGAAGGCUUUGGAUUGACAGCUCUAGAAGCCUUAGCCGCAGGUCUACCGAUUCUGGUCGGAAAAAAUUCAGGUUUUGCCAAAGCUCUUCAAAAGAUAAACGAAUCAGCUUGUAUCGUGAAUUCCGAAGACAGCAAGGAAUGGGCGAACGCGAUUCGAUUUAUCAAGGAGAAACCGAGAUCAGAGCGAUUACAGGAAGCCAAGAGGUUAAAAGAGAGGUGCGAAAGUGAAUUCGCCUGGUCAAGGCGGUGUCAAGCUCUUACGGAGAAAAUUCUUCUUCUUGUUGAAAAGAAAAGUCACAAUAAAGAUAUGAAAGGUGAACAAAGGUGUGAAGUAGCAGCAGUGCCAGAGGGGCAGGAAGAAGACGAGACACAAAACCAGUCACAAACAACACGAAGACCCGACGCUGUUGAGGAACAAGAGCCGACAGGUGGUGACGAGGGUUAUAGCAGCUCCAGAGACAGAACCAACUCAACUGAAUUUUCAUCCGGGCACGAGGAGACCAGCAAUUCUCCGAAUGCAGUGUUGAACGUUAGAAGAAACUUUCACGCAGAUACCGAAGAUACGCGACUCAACGAGCAGCAAAACGGUUCCCAGCUGGAACGAGAUGAAAAUCAGGAGACGGGUACAUCCCAAAAAAACAGUUCAACUCAAGGACCACGGCAAAGGAAAAAUCUUCUGAGUCAAAAGGAUUGCGACGGAGAGAUGACGAAAGAGAUGACGUUUUCAAGUAUCAAGGACCUGCAGUGUUGGAGAACAAGGAGUUGCUUGAUACUAGUUAUAUUAGCAAUGUUAAUAGUAACAGCAUUAUGCUUUCAAAAGUAGAGUUUUAUGAAGGAUUACUGGAGUGCGCCUCUGGUGACGCUUCUCUCUAAUCUAGAUAACUUACAAUAAGCUCAUUUGGGCAUUAAUAAGUAUUUCCGUAUCGAAGUAUCCAUUUAUCAACCCAUUACAUUAGUAAUCAUAUUCUCCGCACUGUUCUCUUUACAUUUCCCAUGGAACUGACAAGGAGAAUUGGUUUGAAAAUCAGGAGUUUUGUGAGUUUGUAAUCGUUUCCUUCAUUUUCAUGACCUUCAUAUAGAUUCAAGAGUGACAUUGUGAGGAGAAUGAGAAGCCAGUUACUUUUA